CCCAAACUGCAAUGGGCUUCCUUUUCCCAGUUGGUCCAGGCACCAUGCUCGCGGUAUUUGAGAAAAUCUCAAGAGCUGUGGUCCAACACAUGGACGCUGGUGGGGAUAUGAUUGCUGUCAGAAGCCUCAUUGAUGCUGACAGAUUCCACUGCUUCUAUCUGGUGAAGGAGAGAAGACGUAUCUUUGGAUACCAAUAUGAUAAGAGAGACCUCACCCUGUAGGACAUCCUGGAGAUGGACAAGGGUGAAGGGCUGUUUGAUAAGCUGGUUCCUGGGCUCCAAGGUCAAGAGGUUAAGUCCCAAGUUAUGGACAGCGUAGACUCAAAGGGAAGUUGGACAGUGAAAUUACCCAAAGAAAAAACACUUGAACUGGGAAUAACAUUCUCCAGGUCCCCGGAGCAGGGCAUCGAGUUAUCAAAGACCCAGAUACUCCAGAAAUUCCUGGAUUCCCUUAAGAACAAGGUGAUUGAUUACUUUGGCUUGGACCCAAACUGGCUGGUUUCAAGAGGCCACUCUCCUCUGUUUUCCUAUACUGUGCUGCUCAAAUCUCACCAAACGGAAGUGACCGUCACCCCUGAGAAGGUCCUGGGCUAUCGAGUAAAGCAGCUCGUCUUCCCCAACGCAGAGAGUAUGGAUGGAGAAGAGGAACAUUGAAAGGAGAGAGGAUGGAGAAGGAGAGAAGCACAAGCAAGAUGGAGAGAGGCUGAGACUGGAUGAAGCAGUAAAAACUUCUAGAUAUGGAAGAGGUGAAAAACAUUCAAGAAUGGUGAUGCCAAUCUUGUUUCUGGUAGUAAUAAGCAAGGUUAUUUAUUAUCCCUGGUAAAUACAUGGUUACAUCUAAAUGAACAGUAAUUGUAUAUAAAAAUAAUAAAACAAUAUUAAUAGCAUCCUGUGGGGUUAAAUACAUGAUAACAAUAAUAAAAUAAAAUAAAAUAAUAUAAUGAAUUUAAAGUGUUCUAAAGGGGUUUUAUCUUAUCUGGGAAAA